CCGCCACCUACCAAACGCAUGAAUCAUACGAAAUUUCAAAAUUGAAGUCUUGACCCUACCAAACUCCGCCAUUCUUCUGUUCUGGUCUGCAAAUAUUUUUUUCUCUUUUUUUUUUUCGAUAACUACUCGAGGCUUGGAAAUCUCCGAGCCGCGAGCAAACCCUAGCCGCCGCCAUGGCCUUCCUCGCCGCUGCCUCGACCCGCGCGCCGUUCGCCGUCGCGGCGUCCUCCUCCCGGCGCCGCACCGUCCUCGCCGCGGCCGUCAAGGCCACCGGCGGCUCCAACCCGGCCGCCCCGCACCCCGUCCUCUCCUCCCUCCGCCUCGCCGCCUCCGCCGCCGUCAUCCUCGCCGCCACCUCCCCGGCGGCCAUCGCGUGCACCCCGGCACCGCCCCCUCCUCCCCCGGAGGUAACCGUCGCGGCCUCGCCCGACGAUCCCGUCACCGACGACCCCCACCCCUUCGAGAAGCUAAUCGUCGAGACCGCCGCGCUCGCCAGCUUCGGCGGCGCGGAGGCCGCGCGGGCCCGCCUCUCCGCCGCCGCCGCCGCCGCCGCCGGAGUCGUCGGCGGCCGCGAGCAAUACGCCCGCCUCCUCGCCGCGCAGGAGCUCUUCGUGGACGGCAAGGUGGACGACGCGAUCGCCGCCUUCGAGGAGCUCGCCCGGGAGGACCCCGGCGACUACCGCCCCGUGUUCUGCCAAUGCGUGCUCUACUCCGUUCUGGGCAGGGCCGCCGAGUCGGAAUCGAUGCUCCGGCGCUGCCGCGAGCUCGCCGGCGAAGAAUCCGUCGCCGAUUUCGUAAUGCCGGUCUCGCCGUUGCCGGUCGAUUCGUCGGAGGCGGAAGCGGAGCCGGAUUCGCCGGAGGCAGAGACGGAGAAGCUGUGACCGGAAUGGCCGGUGUCACGGUUGGAAUAAAGGAAUAUCUUAUUUAUUCCUCAAUCCUGAUGGUGGUUAAUCCACCGUCGCAGUGAAAUUUGUUGGAAUCGACCGAUCAACUAAGCUCAUCUUCACUCUUUGCUCGUCUCUGGACUCUGGUAGCUGAUCUAAGAACGUAUACAAUCAACAUGUAUCGCAGCGACAAAUGAUCAUCGUUUCAGCACUAGCAGGUUAGGCAGAGCAGCCACAAAUUUCAAGACAACGUUGUUUUACGCUGUAGGACUCCAUGCUAAUGCCAGUGCUCAAUGCUGAUACCCGGUCACAUUAUUUGUCCCCAUUCUGAGCGAACACGGUGAAAUCAUGUAUUGCUGCUGUCUGUGUUGAUGUUGAGGGAAGUUAUCUGUGGAUCACGUAAUGCGGCUGCUAGUAACAGAAAUAUCUCCUAGAUAGCAUUGUUGGCCUGCUGGGGUAAUGACUUCCAACUGAUGAAUGUACAAAUGGCAUGUAAAAUGACGGCAAACUAGCCCUCGUGCUCUCUACCAGGAAAAGAGAGUUGUCUCUUCCUACUUCCCAUGGGAUUGUCUUGUGCUGCAUAGCUAUCCAGGCGGUCUCAACUC